UACCCCUUGCUUGGAGAAUUUUCCUGUUACACAACAACUUAACAAGUUCUUUUACCAAAUUUCCAACUAAAGUUUAUAGAAAAGCCCUCAAAAUGCAAGGAAUGACUCUCGCCUCUUUGAGGAAGCAUAAAGCUCUCAUUCCUCUCUAUGUAUGCAUUGGGGCUGGUUGCCUUGGAGCUGGCUUCUACACUUUAAGAUUGGCCACUCGUAAUCCUGAUGUUCAAUGGGACAGGUCAUCCGGAAACAUCUCCAACGAGGAAUUCCGUGGAAAGCAAUACAAAUUCUAUUCUCCCAGAGUGGAUUACACCAAACUAGAAAGCCCAGCUCCUAAAUUUGAAAAAUGAAGUGAUAAAUGAAUAAUUAUUAUUGUAAUUUUGUUAGAAUGCUUUAGGUUAUUUAAAUUAAAGCUUAAUCUACUUUAUGUAGUGAAUGUUAGAAUGGUGUUUUUGAUAAUGUCCUAUGAAUUAAAAAUAUAGGAAGGUCAAAUAAGAGAGGUGCAAAAAAUGCAUAUAGAUUUUAAUAAUUUAUUUAUGGAAAAGUGCCAG